AUGGGGAAGGACCAGGAACUGCUGGAGGCUGCUCGCACUGGGAAUGUGGCUCUGGUGGAGAAACUCCUCUCUGGGAGGAAAGGAGGGAUCCUGGGCAGUGGAUCUGGAGCUAUUCCCUUAUCCAGCUUACUGAGCAUCUGGCGAGGACCAAAUAUAAACUGCACAGACAGUUCAGGUUAUACUGCUUUACAUCAUGCAGCUUUAAAUGGACACAAGGAUAUAGUUCUCAAAUUACUUCAGUAUGAAGCAUCAACUAAUGUGGCAGAUAAUAAAGGUUAUUUUCCUAUUCACUUGGCUGCUUGGAGAGGAGAUGUAGACAUUGUGAAGAUUCUCAUCCAUCAUGGGCCAUCACACUCCAGAGUGAAUGAACAGAACAAUGAAAAUGAAACAGCACUGCAUUGUGCAGCUCAGUAUGGUCAUUCAGAAGUAGUUGCUGUUCUGUUAGAAGAGCUAACAGACCCUACAAUAAGGAACAACAAACUAGAAACACCUCUGGAUCUGGCAGCACUUUACGGACGUCUGCGUGUUGUAAAAAUGAUCAUCAAAGCAUAUCCAAACCUGAUGAACUGUAAUACAAGAAAACACACUCCUUUGCAUCUUGCUGCACGUAAUGGCCACAAAGCGGUUGUCCAGGUGCUUCUGGAGGCUGGAAUGGAUGUCAGCUGCCAAACGGAAAAAGGGAGUGCGCUACAUGAAGCAGCCCUAUUUGGAAAAGUGGAGGUAGUACGCAUUUUACUUGAAACAGGAAUUGAUACCAACAUAAAGGACAGUUUGGGUAGAACCGUUUUAGAUAUUCUUAAAGAGCAUCCAUCUCAGCAGUCACUCCAAAUUGCGGCUCUACUUCAGGAAUAUAUGGAAACGGGAAAUGCAAGUGUUUCAGAGGAACGCCCACUGGAAUGUGCAGAACAUCAGUCUUGCAUUUUGUCCCCAGAAGUUCCUCCGUCUCCAAAGGCUAAAAGUGAAGCUGUGACUGGAGAAUUAUCAAAGCUCUUAGAUGAAAUCAAAUUGUGCCAAGAAAAGGAAUACUCUUUUGAAGAUCUGUCUCAUACAAUAUCAGACCAUUAUCUGGACAAUUUUAGUAAAGUAUCAGAGGAAGAACUUAUGACCAGUGGAAGCCAAACCAAGCUUAAUGUAAGGCCUUCUUCAACAUGUUUAUCACCAAGAGAGGAAGGAGAUGAUGAUGCAGGUGAAAAUACUUGUGGUCCUUCAGGUUUAUGGGAGGCAUUGACACCUUGUAAUGGAUGCAGGAACCUUGGAUUUCCCAUGCUUGCACAGGAAUCUUAUUCAAAGAAGAGAGGUUAUGCAUUGGAAGCAAUACCCUCUGUACCUCUGGAUGCAGUUCCUUCAGAAAAUGACAGCAGUCUUUGUGAUUCGAUAGACAUAGCAGUGACCAAAAAACCUUGCUCCCUAGAGAUAGCAAGAGUUCCUUCCUCAAGACCAGAUAAUGCACCUCAGGUAGCAAUUACCGCACCGGGAUCUGGUAACCAUAGAAACAGCUCUACAGGCCCAACACCUGACUGCUCUCCUCCAUCACCAGACACUGCACUCAAAAAUAUAGUGAAAGUUAUACGUCCUCAGCCCAAGCAGCGCACUUCAAUAGUAUCUUCUCUGGAAUUUCACCGAAUGAAACACAGCCACAAUUAUUUUGACAUCAACUCAACCAUUGGCUGUACAAGUUUUGUUUCUACUCCUGCAAUCAGUCCAGCUAAUUAUUCCUUUGGAUCUCUGGAAUACAGUGUUGAAGAGAGAGAACUUCCAGAGUGUCUUUGCCAGGAAGAAACGUCCACCGAAAGUGAGCUUCCUGAAGGACACCCCGCUGAACAGUUUGCAGGUUUACUUCAUGGAUCGUCACCUGUGUGUGACCCACCUGAAAAUCCACUCCAGCUGUACAGCAAAGCGAACCGGUGCAGUGGUCCGCUGGAGAAAAGCGUUUUGAGCAAAGGCACAGCGCAGCAGAUACAGCUACAGAAAGAAAGCAACGCUGAUCCUCCUGUUAAGAAAAAAAAACCACCAGUUGUAAACAGAACCAUAUUUCAUACUAAAACUAAACCAGUCGAAAAUCAUACGCUGGUUGGCACAUCAGCAAGGAUAAGUGAACAGUGGGUUAUUACCGCUGGGGGAUUUGUGGAGCGAGCCUGCACGCUUGGGAGAAUACGGUCGUUACCAAAGACGUUGCUUGAAAUGCACUUGUGCAAAAAUGUUUCGAAAUCUGAUUCUAAUCUUAUCACCCAUCCACCAAAUGACAAAAAAGCAAGAAGCAACUGGAGUGAACCCACACCAAACCAACAGUGCUCCAAAGGGAAUUCAGAGAGAACACCUUCCUUUACAUCAGAAUGGGAAGAAAUUGAUAAAAUCAUGAGUUCAAUAGAUGCUGGAAUUAAUACUGGACUGGGGGAGAUGAAUGAUCACACUACAAGACCCCGAUGCCCUGUCCAGACAGUGGGACAAUGGUUGGAAAAUAUUGGGCUACCUCAGUAUGAAAACCACUUGCUGGCUAAUGGAUUUGACAAUGUGCAAUUUAUGGGAAGCAAUGUAAUGGAGGACCAGGAUCUCUUGGAAAUAGGAAUCCUUAACUCUGGACACAGACAGAGAAUACUCCAAGCAAUCCAGCUUCUCCCAAAGAUGAAGCAGAUCGGUCAUGAUGGCUACAACCCCACCUCUGUAGCUGAAUGGCUGGAUUCCAUUGAACUGGGUGACUAUACCAAAUCCUUUCUAAUUAAUGGCUAUACAUCGAUGGACCUUGUGAAAAAAAUCUGGGAGAUUGAAUUAAUUAAUGUCUUAAAAAUCAGCUUGAUUGGCCACCGGAAGCGCAUUCUGGCAUCUUUGGGAGACAGGCUUCACGAAGACCCUCCUCAGAAACCACCUCGGUCAAUAACCCUCAGGGAACCCAGCGGUAACCACACUCCUCCUCAGUUGUCUCCAUCACUUAGCCAAAGCACUUUCACUACUGGUGGCUCCCUGGACGUUCCCCACAUUAUCAUGCAGGGCGAUGCGAGGAGAAGAAGAAAUGAAAACUAUUUUGAUGACAUUCCCCGGUCAAAGCUGGAGAGGCAGAUGGCACAGACAGGAGACUGGGGAGAGCCUUCAAUUACAUUGCGACCUCCAAAUGAAGCCACAGCAUCAACGCCUGUGCAAUACUGGCAGCAUCAUCCAGAGAAACUCAUCUUCCAGUCAUGUGAUUAUAAAGCAUUUUAUUUAGGUUCUAUGCUGGUAAAAGAGUUAAGAGGCACAGAGUCAACACAGGAUGCAUGUGCAAAGAUGAGGUAAAAUUGCCAGCUAUCUACAGAACAGAUGAAGAAAGUGCCAACCAUUGUCCUGUCUGUCUCUUACAAGGGAGUCAAAUUUAUUGAUGCAACAAAUAAGAAUAUUAUUGCUGAACAUGAAAUCCGUAACAUUUCCUGCGCUGCACAAGACCCUGAAGACCUUUCUACAUUUGCGUACAUCACUAAAGACUUGAAGACUAAUCACCACUACUGCCAUGUAUUCACUGCGUUUGAUGUGAAUUUAGCUUACGAAAUCAUUCUUACACUAGGACAAGCAUUUGAGGUGGCCUAUCAGCUUGCACUACAAGCACGGAAAGGGGGCCAUUCUUCAACCCUCCCAGAAAGCUUUGAAAACAAACCCUCCAAACCUAUUCCCAAACCACGUGUUAGUAUUCGGAAGUCAGUGCAGAUAGAUCCCUCUGAACAAAAGACUCUGGCGAACCUACCAUGGAUUGUUGAACCUGGACAAGAAGCCAAAAGAGGCAUUAAUACCAAGUAUGAAACUACCAUUUUCUGAUACAAAACUGUCCCCCUGUUCCUUGUUGUGCCUUGCACGCCAAGCAGUCACAGCACAGCCUUUCCUUUAUGGCAACGUUUCAAUCCAGCAGAGAGGAAGACUGCACUGUAUAUGAGUGGCCUUGUAACUAACAAAAAAGGCUGACGGUCAUUUCUGGUGAUGUUCUUCUUCCUGCAGCACUGACAGAAGAAUGACACUAUACGAAGACUUUUCAAAUUACAGUCCACAAGAGGAGUGAGAAACCUUAUUUUUCACGCAGUUCUCCCUUGUGACUCUGCCACAGUGCUUUCUUUGAUUUCUUAUUUUAGAAUUCUACUUUUUAAGAAAAACAAAAGGUCUCUAAACUAACACUAAUGCUGCCUAUGAGUAGAAUAUUUGAUUGGUUUUUUAUUUAAAUCUUGGCAGUUUUUAAUUGAAGUAGAACCAGAAUUAAUAAAUAGAGUAUUUGUGAAACCACUGAAUUCAUUAAUAAUUACUGUGUUGAAUAAAGAACUCAUUAAAGUGACAAGAAAUUAGGCACCCUGAUUUCUGUGUGCGCUGGUUUUAUAUGUAAUCAUUGGUGUCCUUUGAUCCUCUACAGAAAUAGGAACCUCUUGCAUUGUAACAAAGGAUCAGAGUUUUAUGAAUGGUUAGAAAAAGUUAUUAAUAAUGCACAGAAAACAUUUAUUAGAUAUUUUUAUGGAAGAGAAGUACUAUAGGAAAACAUAUGAAUAUUUAUGGAAGGAAGCCAGAUUAAUUAUGACAAAUAGUGUUUAUUUUAAAGUUAAGUAAACCACUGCUAUUGCAGCAUUAUGGAAAUUAUGAGAGUUGUAGCAUCAGUGCACUGGAUGUUCUGUGUGAUCAGUCUGGAAUGAAAGUGGAAUGGUCAUUCUACUACACCUACAUACAGUUUAUGCAGUUCAGCAUUGCUAUAGCCAUGAAUUCUAAUAGUAUUUUUAAAAAAUAAUCUCAGUGGUUCUAAAAAAAGUCAAAACCAUGGAUUUUGCUAUCAAGAUUUCUGUCACAGAAAGCUUGUUUGGAAGAGUGUUGAUAAAAUUCUACUGCAAAACAUUUUCUAAAUAAAAAUAGUGAGAAAAAGAAAAAAAUUCCAAAGUAAUAAAAAUGUUUUCAUGGAACAAAAUAGUUAAGCAUUUGCUUAAGAUUUGAUUAAAUAAGAUUUACUUACAUUUUCUUUGAAGUGUUUUAAUUUUUUUAAUGUCUGUGGAGUAUUUGUAUAAUACCAUGAUGUAUAUUUAUGUAGAACUGAAAUUAUAACAGUACAAAUAUCACUAUAGGAGAAAAAUGACAUUUUAACGUAUAUUGUUCUAUCCAGUCAAAUUGUGAAUCAUUUUGAAGUUCAUUAUAGAGAUAUUGAUAAA